UCGGCAUUUUUUGCGAGCAGUGCACCCAAAAUCCAAAAAAGACUUUAAAAAGAAAGAAGGAAAGAAUCCACAGUUCUUUUGGUCAUCUGAACAGGGCUACGAAAUCGCUCUACUGGACAUCAGCACCAGGGAUUCAUUUUUGAGGUCAAUUUCCAAUCGAGAUAAAUCUAUUGGAUUAGUAGGAUUAUCUGAUUGCAGCUGAAAGAAGUAACGUUGUUUGAUCAUUUGUAUUUCUCGCCUGAUGGUCGGAUUUACAUGGAGGUGGCUUUGAGUCUCAAGGAUUUUGGAUCGUGGUUGCAUCUGGAGAGAAAAAAGGAUCAAUCGACACGUUUUGGAAGUGUCCGUGGGUGAAUUAAAAAAAAAAAAAAAAAGGAAGGGGGGGGCGCAAAACUGGGGUUGCGGCUGCUUAGAGAAGAAAAAAGAAAAAAUAAAGGAAGCAUCUUGAAUUCUGAAAAAAGAAUUAACCGGUGCUCGAGAUUUCAAAAUAAGCGUCUAGGAACUGGUAAAUACUUAGAGCAAUUCAGCUUGAAUUUGACGGCGAAGUGUUGUAGAAACUGUCUCCUUGAAUUAUUGGAAGGGGACUGGGGGAAGAUGAGGGGGCUCCUUCUGUGGAUUUAUCUUACUGGGGGAUAUAGACCUGCAGCUAACUGGAUUUGAUUUAUAAGAGGGAAGUGUACAGUCAAUGGCCACUCUCACUACGUUGCUACUAUGGAAAACAGAAUGGUCAAUAGGAUAUGGUCUGAUAAAUAGCGAUGAUUGAAGAUGCUACUUCAAUACAUGUGAAAUCAAUGGGAGAUACUGGCUGCAUGAAGAGCUUUCUGAGCUUUUCUUGACAAGCUCGCCUUUGAGAAAUCUGAGGUGUAUUCUACCGUUAUAUGGUUUUUCUCAAGUGGAUACAAACGCCUUUGCCUCACUGCAACCAGACCACUACACAACUGAUGUGGGACCAUGGCACUGCCCAGAUGCAUGUGGCCAACUUAUGUUUGGAGAGCAGUAAUGGCAUGCUUGGUACACAGGGGAUUGGGUGCCUCAUUGACUCUUUGUGUGUUGGGCUGUUUGCUUCAGGCUGCCCACGUGCUCUCACAAAAACUGGAUGAUGGAGACCCACUGGUGACUACCAACUUCGGCAAGAUAAGAGGGAUUAAGAAAGAACUCAAUAAUGAAAUUUUGGGUCCUGUUAUUCAGUUUCUUGGCAUUCCAUAUGCAGCCCCACCAACAGGAGAACAUCGUUUUCAGCCUCCAGAACCACCAUCUCCUUGGUCAGAUAUCAGGAAUGCUACUCAGUUUGCUCCUGUGUGUCCCCAGAAUAUCAUUGAUGGCAGAUUGCCAGAAGUCAUGCUUCCUGUGUGGUUUACUAAUAACUUGGAUGUGGUUUCAUCAUACGUACAAGACCAGAGUGAAGAUUGCCUGUAUUUAAAUAUAUACGUCCCAACUGAGGAUGUAAAAAGAAUAUCCAAGGAAUGUGCCAGAAAACCCGGCAAGAAAAUAUGUAGAAAAGGAGGUCCCCUUACAAAGAAACAGACAGAUGAUUUAGGUGAUAAUGACGGUGCUGAAGAUGAAGAUAUUCGGGACAGUGGGGGUCCCAAACCAGUGAUGGUGUAUAUCCAUGGUGGCUCAUAUAUGGAAGGGACUGGAAAUUUAUAUGAUGGGAGUGUCUUGGCAAGUUAUGGCAAUGUGAUCGUCAUCACAGUCAACUAUCGACUUGGGGUACUCGGUUUCUUGAGCACAGGGGAUCAGGCUGCAAAAGGAAACUAUGGACUCCUUGAUCUCAUACAGGCUUUAAGAUGGACUAGUGAGAAUAUUGGAUUCUUUGGUGGUGACCCCUUAAGAAUCACUGUUUUUGGAUCUGGUGCUGGGGGUUCAUGUGUCAAUCUGCUGACUUUAUCCCAUUAUUCUGAAGGUAACCGUUGGAGCAAUUCAACCAAAGGACUUUUUCAACGAGCAAUAGCUCAAAGUGGAACUGCCCUUUCCAGCUGGGCUGUUAGUUUCCAACCUGCAAAAUAUGCUAGAAUGUUGGCCACAAAAGUUGGUUGCAAUGUUUCAGAUACAGUAGAGUUAGUGGAAUGCUUACAGAAGAAGCCUUACAAAGAACUUGUUGACCAAGAUAUUCAACCAGCACGAUACCACAUAGCCUUUGGACCUGUGAUUGAUGGUGAUGUAAUACCAGAUGAUCCUCAGAUAUUGAUGGAGCAAGGAGAGUUUCUCAACUAUGAUAUAAUGUUAGGAGUUAACCAAGGGGAAGGGUUAAAAUUCGUUGAAAAUAUAGUAGAUAGCGAUGAUGGUAUCUCCGCUAGUGAUUUUGACUUUGCUGUUUCUAAUUUUGUUGAUAACUUAUAUGGAUACCCUGAAGGCAAAGAUGUUUUGAGAGAAACCAUUAAAUUCAUGUAUACUGACUGGGCUGACCGUCAUAACCCUGAAACCAGAAGGAAGACAUUAUUAGCUUUGUUUACGGACCAUCAGUGGGUGGCACCAGCUGUAGCGACAGCAGAUCUUCACUCAAACUUUGGUUCACCCACAUAUUUCUAUGCCUUUUACCAUCAUUGCCAAACAGAUCAGGUUCCAGCUUGGGCUGAUGCAGCUCAUGGUGAUGAGGUUCCCUACGUACUAGGAAUCCCCAUGAUUGGACCUACAGAGUUAUUUCCUUGCAAUUUCUCCAAAAAUGAUGUGAUGCUGAGUGCGGUCGUAAUGACAUACUGGACAAAUUUUGCUAAAACUGGCGACCCAAAUCAACCAGUCCCUCAAGACACAAAAUUCAUCCAUACCAAACCCAACCGCUUUGAAGAAGUAGCAUGGACCAGAUAUUCCCAGAAAGACCAACUUUAUCUCCAUAUUGGAUUAAAACCAAGAGUUAAAGAACAUUACAGAGCCAAUAAAGUAAACCUCUGGUUGGAGCUGGUACCUCAUCUGCAUAAUCUCAAUGACAUUUCUCAGUAUACCUCGACAACAACUAAAGUGCCAUCAACUGACAUCACUUUCAGACCUACGAGAAAAAAUUCUGUAUCUGUCACAUCAGCCUUUCCCACUGCCAAGCAGGAUGAUCCCAAACAACAACCGAGUCCAUUUUCAGUGGAUCAAAGGGACUACUCAACAGAGCUGAGUGUCACUAUUGCAGUUGGAGCAUCACUGCUGUUUCUGAACAUCUUGGCCUUUGCAGCCCUGUACUACAAAAAGGAUAAGAGGAGACAUGAUGUUCACAGGAGAUGCAGCCCUCAGCGCACGACUACGAAUGAUCUGACCCACGCACAAGAAGAGGAGAUCAUGUCCCUCCAAAUGAAGCACACCGAUUUGGAUCAUGAAUGUGAGUCCAUCCAUCCACAUGAGGUGGUUCUUCGGACCGCCUGCCCCCCAGAUUACACACUAGCUAUGAGGAGGUCACCUGAUGAUGUUCCCUUAAUGACACCCAACACCAUUACAAUGAUUCCCAACACUAUACCAGGGAUUCAACCCUUACACACAUUCAAUACAUUUACCGGAGGACAGAACAAUACUCUGCCCCAUCCUCAUCCCCACCCCCACUCACAUUCAACAACCAGGGUAUAGCCAGAUAAGAGAAGCAAACUCUAUUUUUUUGAUGGAUUGCAGUAAAAGAUUACUGAAGAUUCCUUGGCUUUCAACCUACAAGACGCUUACUAUUUAAAUAAGGAGGAAUAUUAUGUGAAUAUACAUAUCAAGAACUUUGGGGGCUUUGAAAAAAACAUGAAUUGUACAUAUAUACACAAAUCAACUUUA